AUGCGAUGCGCUUUUGGGACCACGGCGUUUCGAAGGAGCGAGAGCUCGACGCCGGGGGAGCUUGGGGUUGGAGAACUGCAGGGCGCAUCGUUUCGCAUUGAGCCUCUCCGGAGGGUUGGCGAGGAUGCUUCGACUAUGCGAGCGAGACUUUUAUACCAAUCUCGGAAGCGCGGAACCCUCGAGUCGGAUCUCUUACUGUCUACGUUUGCGUCACAGAACCUGCCCACCAUGACACCUGAAGAACUACGACAGUACGACCUCUUCCUCGACGAGAACGACUGGGACAUAUACUACUGGGCGACGCAGCGGGAGCCGAAUUCCACGACGAACCCAUCCGUGACGGCGAGUCCGGCGAGUGCAUCGGCGAGCGAAGGGUUUGAGGCGAGAAAGCAGGAUGAGUUGCCUAAGAAUCCGCCAAAGGGGGAGUGGGCGCAGACGGUGGGCAACUUUAAGCCUGCGUAUAGGCCGGUGCCGCAGAGGUGGAAGGAUAGUGAGAUUUUGGAGAAGUUGAGGGCGCAUGUGAGGAGGAAGAGUGUGAAUGGGGGGGAGGGGACGGGGAUGGCGUUUAUGCCGCCUUUGGAGUCGUGA